GUAUUCGUGUAGCCGCGGCUGUUCGCGCGAGUUGCUGACUUCCGCGCCAUGGGGUCCGAGCUGAUCGGGCGCCUGGCCCCGCGCCUAGGCCUCUCCGAGCCUGAAGUGCUGAGGAAAGCGGAGGAGUACUUGCGACUGUCCCAGGUGAAGUGUGCUGGCCUGUCUGCGCUCACCACGGAGACCAGCAGUGCGGUCAUGUGCCUGGACCUUGCAGCUUCCUGCAUGAAGUGUCCCUUGGACAGGGCUUAUUUAAUUAAACUUUCUGGUUUGAACAAGAAGACUUAUCAGAGCUGUCUUAAAUCUUUUGAGUGUUUACUGGGCCUGGAUUCAAAUAUUGGAAUAAGAGACCUAGCUGUACAGUUUAGCUGUACAGAAGCAGUGAACAUCGCUUCAAAGUUGCUACAAAGCUAUGAGUCCAGUCUUCCCAAGACACAGCAAGUAGAUCUUGACUUAUCCAGGCCACUUUUCACCACUGCUGCACUACUUUCAGCAUGCAAGAUUCUAAAGCUGAAAGUGGAUAAAAACAAAAUGGUAGCCACAGCUGGUGUAAAAAAGGCCAUAUUUGAUCGACUGUGCAAACAGUUAGAGAAGAUUGGGCAGCAGACUGACAGAGAACCUGGACAUUCGGCUACUCCACCACAGAAGAAAAUGAAAACAGUGGUUGAACCCCCAGCAAAGGAAAUAGAGAAAGAAGUAGAGAUCCCACAUAAACCACAGAAAGAUGAAGAUCUGACACAGGAUUAUGAAGAAUGGAAAAGAAAAAUUUUGGAAAAUGCUGCUUAUGUUCAAAAGGCUACAGCAGAGUGAUUUCAGCUUCUAGACUGGCAGGGCAUGCUUAUACAUUUCAGGAAAAUUUAAGGCCUCUAGAAUUUUGUUUGAACUUCUGUAACAAGGAUCCUAAGACUAUUAUAUUAAUAGCAAAGAAGCCAGAACUGGGGUAAAGUUCUGUGUAGUGGGCUGUCCCCUGAUGUGGGCACCUUGGAUCAACUACAGUGCUUGACUGGCAUAGCCUCAUGUGUUCCUAGAAAAUAGAAUUGGAGCCAUUUUGCUUUGAAUAGCAGCCUCCUGUCCUAUUCAGAAUAUAAAAUUCAAGCUUUA